AUUGAUUUAUUAUUUUUUAUGUAGAUGAAUGAAUAUGGGAGAUACUUUGUGGUUAAUUAUGGAGGUGCCUUCAAUGGUUAUGAGUACAUCGGCGGCUCUUCUAAGAAUUUGCAUAUUUUCGGAGACACAAUGGCCAGUACGGUGUACAUGAUAAAUUACCUGAUGAUGGAGAAUUCAUUGAGCACUAAUUACAGCUUGUAUUAUUUGACGAAGAGAUUAAAUGGCAGGGUAUACAGUAAAAAUAUUCUUGCCGAUGACAAUGAUUUGCUUCAGUUGCUGGCGUCCCAGCCACAUUUUCCUGAGAUUUAUGUUGUCGAAUACGAUUACAGUGGAGGAGUGUAUGUUCCUUCGUUCGAUCUCCCUCAAUCUUCCGGGUAUGGAGGUGAAUCUAGUGCACAAUUCGAAGGUGGGGACGGAUUGGAAGCAAUCCAAAGAUAUGCUUAUUUAGACCUAUCAGCCGGAGAUUCACCGGCGCAACAAAGUGUUGAACCGUCGGUCACUUGGGGUAAUGAUCAGUCAACGGGUUGGACUUCAUGGGAUGAGCCAAAUCCGUACCAGUACGAUCGCCCAACAACUGAUCGUUGUUGGGGUCCAGCUGAUGAUCAAUAUACGUACGAGCCUCAGUUUGUGGAGGAUGCUGGUAAUGUAGAUGAAGAUUAUGUUCCAUCGUCUGAAGCCGAGACUGAUACAAGCGCCUCUGAAGACUUGUCGGAGCAAGAGAACGUGAGAAGGGCGGGGAUUGAAUAUGCAGGUUGGCAGAAUUUGCAGAUCGACGAGGAUGAUGACGAACAGGUUCCUGGAGCAGAUGAACUAACUAAUUGGUUAGUUCCGGUUAUCCCGUUGGACGCCGCAGCGGCACUUGUGGAUAUUGAAGAUUAUCAGCUACUGCCUCGGGAGUUGUCAAAGAAUAUGUAUUUCAAUAGCAAAGAUGAUCUGAUCGUUGCAAUCGGUCUGUGGAACAUGAAGCAGGGCAAGGAAUUUUCUGUCAGCAAAUCAGACAGCAGACGAGUCUACGUCAAAUGCAAGCAUUCAGAUACGUGCCCCUUCAAGCUCCAUGCAUCGUCACAAGAUGGAGCCAUUUGGGGAGUGUAUAAGUUCACCAAUGAGCACUCAUGCGACGGUGAGCUAGGGCGCGUAGCGCGAAUAAAGGCCCCCGCAAAAGUCGUCGCAGCAUAUUUAGCACAGAAGAUACACGACGAUUGCGAGAUCUUGAAGCCGAAGGCCAUCCAGCUGGAGCUGCGACGUGAGUUUGGCGUACAGAUCAAGUACGAUGUUGCAUUGCGAGCCCGUAAUCGAGCCACUGAGAUGGUUUAUGGUCGACAUGAUCAGUCCUUCGAGAUGCUGCCCAAGUACUUAUACAUGUUGAGACAAUCCAAUCCCAGUUCGAUGGUGGAGUGGGAAGUUGACGAUGAUGGUCGAUUCAAACACUUAUUUGUUGCUCUUGCAGCUUCGGCUACCCCUUUCAUGUUCAGCUUACGGCCAGUGAUUGUCGUCGAUGGCACACACUUGAAGGGCAAGAAUAGGGGUAUUUUGUUUGUUGCAGUGACGAAGGACGGCAACGAGAGUUUGUUCCCACUCGCGUAUGGUGUUGGCCCGAAAGAAAACGAUGAAUCGUGGGCUUAUUUCAUGUCACGCAUUCGACGUGUUUAUGGCCAAGCCAAUGAACUUUUGAUUGUCUCUGAUCAGCAUAUCUCCAUUGCCAAUGCUAUCAGGAAUGAGUUACCAAAUGCAACCCACGGCCUAUGCUACUACCAUUUGCAAAAUAACCUGAAGCAUUACGGUAAGGCAGUUGUCGAGGUGUAUCGACAAGCUGCAUUUGCGUACGAGAAGUCCGACUUCAAUAGGGCUAUGAACGCCCUGAAGUUUAUGAAAAGAGCUGCGUACGAUAAACUAAUGGGGAUUGGGCCGGAGAAGUGGGCUCGUUCGAUGUGUCCUAUGCCUGUGCGACGCUACAGUUUUAUGACAUCAAAUGCUGCUGAAGCUUUUAAUUCCAGAUUGUUGUGGGCAAGAAGACUUCCUAUAUGCUCGAUGUUAGAGGCAAUCAGAAUUGUUAUUGAGAAAUGGUUCAGCGAGCGACUAAGGGCUGCACAACAAAUCGAGCAAGGCUUGACUGCUGAGGCUGGUAAAAGAGUCGCUAUUGAAGUCCAAAAAAGUCGUCGAUACACUGCACAAAGGUUGAGUGGCAUGAAGUAUAAGGUGCAAACUGCUGACAGAAGCUUCAAGGUGGAUCUGGAGCAGAAAAAAUGCGAAUGUCGAGUAUUUCAGCUAGACCAACUGCCCUGUUCUCAUUCAAUCGCUGCAAUAAGUGAAGCCGGUGAUACGAUCGCGGAGUAUGUAGACUCGUACUACACGAAUGACUUUCUUAUCGAUACUUACUCUCGCGAAGUUAAUAAUCUCCCGCCGAGACGCCAGUGGUUGGUUCCCGAGCACAUCGCUGAGCAGGUUGUAUUACCUCUGAUUGUAAAAGGUCAAGCGGGGCGACCAAAAGAAGGUAGACAUCGAGGUGGUGGUGAAGGCAGCAGCACACAAGCAGAUGAGUCUUCUAGUAUCAGGCGUCGUAAACCAAAGAAGUGCAGCAUCUGCCAUGAAGAAGGACACAGCAAGAGAACGUGCGCUGGCAGGGCGACUGAGCCCAGGGAGUAGUGGGAUGUAUUUGUGUGCUG